UUGUUGUCCAUUACAGAUUCGCGUAUAACCUUUCUAUUUCGGUUUGUAUAAUUAAGUGACUUCUUUAAAAAUGGGUGAAUGGAACUUCGGUUUGUUUGGUUGCUUUGGCAACUGUGGCGUUUGCAUUAAAGGUUAUUUCUGCCCCUGCAUUGUGGCAGGUGAGAAUGCUGAGAAAGCCGGAAGAGGGUCUUGUUUAACUUGUACACUUGCGUCCUUGCUGGGACCGGUCGGUAUCUACUGUAUUGCAAAGACGAGAGAAAAAACUCGGGAGAACCAUAACAUAGACGGCGGAUUCUGCGGAGAUUGUCUUGUGAGUUGGUUUUGUCCGUUCUGCAGCAUUGUGCAAGUGGCAAGACAACUUAAUGGACCAAGUGCAGCUGGCGAGUCAAUGGCGAGAGAGUGAGAGUUCUGUCAUCAGCACAGCUCGAGCUAAAACUUUAACUCUUAAUAUUGUAUCCGGUUUUAAGCAACUUGUUGUUUUAAGUAAUUUUUUUGUAGUUAAAGCCACUGAUUACCAGUUAAUGUACUUUUGGUUGUAUCGGAAUUUGUAAACUCUAGUUUUUAAUUCCAAGUUUAAGAAAUGUUGCAAUUGUAAUAUGUCAUAUGUACAAAUAUUUAAAACUGUGAAGAAUUGUACGACUUUAAAUUCAACAAUGAUUUGAGCCAUGUGCAUUGGUUAGCGGGUGCCCUCCUCCAGCCUAACGGCUACGAGUUUUAAAGGCUCUACUGCCACAUCGUAGGCAUAUAGUAUAUUCUUGGGCAAGACGCGUUAUGGCAAUCGCUGUAACACAGUGGUUCCUAUGCAUUGUCUAUAGCUGUAAACAACAACAUCCGUAAGCUACAUACGUGUUGGAAACUUGUAGGCGGAGUUAUUGUAUGAAGCAGAACACAAUCCAAAGGAUAACAACAGAUAUGCCCGCCACGUAAGGAUAAAUACGUUAUGUUUAUUC